AAUAAGAUCAGGAUUCAACCAAAGGCUGGAUCUGAACGACUAGCAGAUGAGAGAGAGGGCGAUGUGAAGGAAGAAGACGACGACGGGGCGAGCACGACGAGGACGAGCUGGUCUGAUUGAAUGUGAUCAAAUUGGAUUGGCGUGUGGACUUCUGGAGUGGGGGAGGGGUGGAGCAGAUUGACUCCUGAUUGCGGCGUUUCGUCGAAUCGUUGGCAGCGGGAUUCUCAACGGGCAACCACCCAACAGCCCAUCACCUCUCUCUCUCGUUCCCGGCGCCAUUUCCGGGGAUCGGCGUCUUUGCCGACGAACAGAGUUAGACGUGCUCAGAUGGUUUCCGUCCCAAAUACCGUCUACUAUUGCUGUGUGUCUAAAGGAACAAAAGUUCUUGCCGCAUACACCGCUGGAGAUGCAGAGUCCGAGAAGUGGGCCGCUCUGUGCUUAGAGCGAAUCCCUCCAUUUCAUGCACACUAUUUGCAGACGAUGCGGAGCCGUAUUUUUGGUUUUCUAAUGGAAGACGACCAUGUUUAUUUCACAAUUACUGAUGAAGGCCUGGGAAAGUCAGGUGUUCUGCAAUUCCUUGUGAACGUCAGAGAUCAUUUCAACAAAGUUGUUAACAAUGGUGAAGCUGGUGGUUUAGGCUUGACGUCUUUCUCUCUCCGCGAAGAAUUGGUUCCUGUUCUUCAUCGGCUUAUUAUGUCUCUUGAGAACGUCUCUAGAAUUGAUAGCAACCGUCAGAACCUGUGCUCUGUAACAGCUGAGUCUGAUCCUCUGGUUUGUCAUGACAAGGAUGGUUUGGAGUCGUCGACAGUCACACCGUUCCUGGAGAAGGCCAAGUACGUAGCAGAAGUCAAGGCAGACGUGGAAGAGGAAGGGAAUGGUUCGAUUAAAGGACCUACGGUAAAUGUAGUGAUUGAUUCCAAUGUAAAUGGAGUUCAUCCAUCUGGUUUCCCUUUGCAGAGGAGUGCCAGCAGGAAGCUCGCUGCACAGCAGCUUGCUCGCCGGAAAUGGUGGCGCCAUGUGUGGAUAGUGCUCAUCGUUGAUAUGGUUUUGUGUUUCAUUCUUUUUGGAGUUUGGCUUGGCGUAUGUCGGGGACUUCGGUGCGUCUCUACUUCAUAAACGGAGGAAAAUUAGAAAGUUCAGUUCAGAGGAUUUGCUUGGAUGGCCUUUUUUCUUUCUAUCGAUGGCUGGGCCCGCAUUAUUCUCAAUAUUCCGUGUAAAUAUUUCCCUCUGUUGAUCUAGUGACUGAUCUCUUAGUUCGUGCAACGGCUUCAGCUCAGAAAGUUGCAAGCCAUCAUCCUAGACGCUGUUUGCUGCCAUUGUUUUCGGUGAAAAUUUAUUUGUUUCGGGGUCUCAGGAAAGGAUUGUCCCGCAUCAAAUGAAGCUUUACAAGGCACUGCAUGUAAAGAAAAUCGCUGAAGCUGGCUGCUUGCAGCAACCUCGGUGUGACAUCGUUCUGGAGAACCUGGUAUGCCCUCGUUUUUGUUCCUGCCUCCUGCCAAGUAAUUUUCAGAAAUCACUUCUGUAUGUUCUCAGCUCCACGGAUAAUGCUGGUGUUCAUCUUCUUCUUCACCAUCACUGCAUCUAUAACAAAAAAUACCUGGUGAAGCAUAUCCGUGUUUUACUUUUCUUUCUUUAUGUUAUACAUCUUGUCUGUGGUGCAUCUCCUGAACAAGAUGUACACAAAUCUGGUAAUGAGUUAGUGACGUACUUGGUGGCCAAAAGGGGAUCAUAUCUAAAUGAGUAGAGACAUAGAAUGGAGCAUUUUUCUGUUUGUCGUGAUUAGAAAAGUUUUACCUGUUUCUCCUGUACGGUGUUCAGAACUUCUUAUUCAAAUAAGACUAUAAUGGGGAGUGGAAAUAAAGUUUGUGACUUCCUGCUUGUAGCAGAGCCAAAGGCGAUGGUACAGUGGGGUGGGCUAUGGCUGCUUCUAAUCCCAUAAGCACUACAAUUUGCGAAAGCUGAAGCCAGGGCUCAGGUGCACCUACUGAGAACAGGCUGGUACACCCAAGGGGCUUUACCAUCAGUUCUGCUAAACUCUCCGAUUCAAACACGUCUCUGCAAAAUGUUAAGAUUUUCAUGGUGGUUGGCCUAUUUAAAAAUCGCCAACCACUUUGUACUUCUGUGAAUCCAUGACCCUCUAUGAUCUGUUACCUGCAUUUACAGCAAGGGUUCAUACUUGGUUGUUCUACUGCGUCAUUCACAAGAUUGUUGAUUCAAUAGAAAAUCUGAUCUAA